UCUAAGACAGAACAAAGAACAAGGACAACAACAACAAAAGAGAAGAACAAGAAACAGAAACAGAAACUCUCUCUAAAAAAGCAAUCUUUUUCUCGUAACCUCUGGUAAUUCACUUACGAUCGAGUCCUAGUCUAUCGGGUUUUUUUUAGGUGUGAUUCUUGGUGGGGUAAUUCUGAAGAAGAAAGAGAAGGAAAGAGUGUUAUUAAUUUAUACAGAGAAAGAAGGGAGAUUGAAGGAUUUGUGGUUUCGGGUUUGGUGAGAUGGGAUUGGGGAACAGUGGGAAUGAUGUGAUUGUGGAUGAUGGAGGUGGUGGUGGUGGAGGAGGAUUAGGUGGCAAGUCGUUUGGAGGGUCAGUUUCGUGUUCGAUUUGUCUUGAAGUGGUAACUGAUAAUGGGGAUCGAUCAUGGGCUAAGCUUCAAUGUGGACACCAGUUUCAUCUGGAUUGCAUCGGUUCAGCAUUUAAUGUAAAGGGUGCAAUGCAAUGCCCUAAUUGUCGGAAAAUUGAGAAGGGUCAAUGGCUCUAUGCAAAUGGCUGUCGUUCACUGCCAGAAUUUACCAUGGAUGACUGGGCACAUGAUGAGGACCUUUAUGACUUAAGUUACUCUGAAAUGUCCUUUGGAGUUCAUUGGUGUCCGUUUGGUAGCCUAGCACGAUUGCCUUCAUCCUUUGAGGAAGGAGAAUUUCCAUCAAAUGCAUAUCAUGAUCUAUUAGGGCAUGCCAUAUUUGCCGAACAUACUGCAGCAGUAUCAUCUGCUACCCAUCCAUGCCCAUAUAUUGCUUAUUUUGGACCAAUUCACCCUUCAUCUUCGAACUCUGGUGUCAGUGUUUCAGAUGGUUCUAGUUUUAACAAUCACUGGAAUGGCCCAUCAGUACCUAGUGAGAUCCCUAGUUCCUAUGCUUUUCCUGCCAUGGAUAUCCAUUAUCACAGUUGGGAGCACCAUUCUCCUCCCUUCUCAACAACAGGCAAUCGAAUAGGUAAUGCAGAUCAACCUUCAGUUCCACCUGUUACUCAAAGGUCAGCUAGAACUAGUUCAGAUCUUCCACCAAGGUCAGGAUCUUUAAUGCAUCCAUUCCUUGUUGGUCAUAGUUCUAGUGCUAGAGCUGGGAGUUCGGUCGCUUCCUCAAUGAUUCCACCUUACCAAGGCAGCAAUGCACGGGCACGUGAUAGAGUUCAAGCCCUCCAGGCAUACUACCAACAACAACAGCCUGGAAAUUCACCGCCCAUUCACACACCAGUUGUUUCUGGAAGCCGAAGAUCCAGCGGUCAUAGAGGCUUGUCUCAAGUAGGAACGGUUGCCUCAACAUCCGAUCAGACUGGCUUCUAUUUCAUCCCAUCAGGAGCAUCAAGUCGGAACUUCCAAGAAGCAGAAAAUCCUCCUCCAACUCGAUUUCGUUCAUGGGAAAGUCACUUGCCACCAUUCUCAGUAAGUCAGGUUGACAGGGAUUCAGGUAGGGGCACAUUCCAUCAGGCUGGUGGCGGUUCAGAUCCCAGCAUCAGAUCUGGCAGCUUCCGCCAAAGGCAUGGAUCCGAGAGAAUGUCAUCACAAAAUCGGUGAUCACUUUCGUCAUUAUCCUUAUUGGGUGAAGCAAACUACCACUACUGUGGCUGAAACCAAAUUAUGUAUGCUUGAGAAAUGAUAUAUAAUGCUUGGAGCCUGUCAAUCCUGGCAGGCUCAAAAUACUGUUGAGUGGCCCUGAAAAAACGAUCUGUUUGGCAGCCACCUGGCUGUGUGAUGGACUUUUGCUUCCUCUCGUUUCUUUGCCUUUGAGGAUAUAAAUAAGAUCAAAUGUUGGAUA